UAUUAAACUAAACCUUAAAAUUGUAUACAAAUUUAUUUUUUUUAUACUUCAAUCUCUGAUUAAAACUCUAUAAAGUUUUCAGAUAACUUUUCGAUGUUCCCAAUAUCUUAGCUUUAAAAAUAAUCUUAAAGAGUCUUAUAUUAUUCAUUAAAACGAUUACAAUCUUUUAAAGACAAAUUGGCGCCUGUUUAAUUAAAUAUAUGCUAAAGUAAUUUAGUUGAUAAAAUAGUAAAAUCUUUAAUUUAUAUCAUUAAUUAUUCUAAAUUUUAANUAUAAUUCUUCAAUAUCUCGCCUAAGAUCCUUAAUUAAUCACUCUUUUAGCUUAAGAUCAUGAAUCUACCCAUGAAUUGGCUAAAUUAUUUUAAUCUAAAAUAGUUGGAUAAUAACUCAAAAAAGAUCAACCAUGGAAAGGAUUGAAAGUAUUUAAAUUAUUUAUACUUAUAGUUUGAAACUUAAUCAAAAGAAUAAGAGUAAGAACCUAAGUAAGAAUAAAAUGAAACAGAAACAGUUCAAUAAUAAGUUCAAUAAGUUAUUUAAUAAUAAGAAUAAUAAGUCUUAUCAAAUUAAACACCAUAAGAAGAAGUCUAACUUUCAUCUAAAUAAGUUGAAUAAUCUGAAGUUGUUGAAACUGAAUAAUAGUAAUUUAUUGAAUAAUAACCAUUAAAUGAAUAACCAUAAGAGGAUACUUCAAAUUAAGUCUAACAAUCUAAUUAAGAUUAGUUACCUUAAACAAGAGAAGGCCAAAGACACAAUUAAUAAUAUGAUGACAGAAAAAAUUAUAAAAAAUAUUACAAUAAUAAUAAUUAUGACAGAAGAAACAAUUACGAUAGACCAUAUAAAGGAAAUAAAUAACAUUAUCAUAAUAGAGACAGAAAUUAUUAAUAAGAUUAACUCUGGGAAGAAAAAGUUGACAAAUAACCUACACAAAAUUAGGAAGAAAAAUAACAAGAAGAAGAUGAUUACAUUACAGUUAGAAGCAAGUACCAUCUACUUUUAUUCUAUUUAGAAAACCAUAAAGAGGAGGAUAGAGAAACUAUGAAAAUAGAAACAACAACAGAAAUUACGAUAACAAUCCAUAAAGAAGACAGAAAAACAAUGAGGAAGUUGAUUAAUGAGA